AUGGUCGCAGGUGUUCCUGUAAAUGAACCCACGUCACCGAAGUUUGGUGUUUACGGAGUGACCGAUUCUCCUAGGUCCGAACUUUCGCCUGUAAUGAGGCACGCUACACUGCGUCCAACAAGUCCAUCGAUUUUUCAAGAUGACAUGUGGGACGUGUCCGCAGAAGAUAAGGCAACUUUUGAUCGAUAUUUCGACUCCCUGGAUACAACCAAAAAGGGGUUUCUGACAGGCGAAGAGGCAGCCGGCUUUUUCAUGAAAUCAAAUUUGCCACCUGUCGCGCUGGCUCAAAUAUGGGAUCUCGCGGAUAUUGAGAAGUCGGGCCGUCUCAGUCGAGAUGAAUUUGCGGUGGGAAUGCAUCUGAUAACAAAAAAGCUAGUCGGGGUACAGUUGCCCGCCGUUUUGCCACCGAGUCUCAUUCCACCGUCGAUGCGUUCUUCGCAGGCUGUAUCCAGCCCGUUUACUGAGAUUCUGAAAAGGUCGGGGACUAUUAGCUCCGUGCAAAAAAGUAAUUUUACGCCCGCCAGGUCACGAAGUAUAUCCAAUCAAUAUAGUAGUGCCUCUGAUUUAUUAUUCGAUACAAAUAUUUCCAAUACAUUGCCAACUCCUUUCGCUUCACAAUCCCAAAAUUCAAAUGACAUCGACCUUCUUGGUGACACUGAUAUCAGCACCCAAAUGGCUAUUGAAGGUGGAGAAAUAAGGAACCUCAAGAUGCAGGCCGACAACUUGGAUGUCGCCACGACGGAGCUUAAGAAUAAGCGCUCCAGUUUUGAUGCCAACUUAGUGUCAUUAGCUACACAGAAGAGCGAGAUAUCGGUGCGUAUUUCACAGCUGCGGACUCUAUAUGAUGCGGAGCUCAAAAGUUUGCAGGAAGUUCAGGCGAAAUAUCAACUCGAGCAUGAGAGUGUUGAACGAGCCAGGGAAGAGCUUGCGCAAGUAGAAAGGUCCAUGGCAUCAUUAAAACAAGAAAAAGAACAACUGGAAGUUGAUAUUCUGAGGGAUCGAGAGGAGACAUUGAAUAUAAAAAAGAGAAUGAGAGUUGCCGAAGAAGAAAAUAUUGCCAUCAAAGCUGAAAUAGAGAAGCUUAAAAAGGAUAGUAAACAACAGAAAGGGCUGCUUGCGAUUAACAAGGAGCAACUGGCAUCCGUCGAGGUGGAGAAAGAUAAGUCUCUCAAGAUUUUACAGAGUAUGGAAGUUCAUGGUACUGCGGAUGCGAGCGAUCCCUUCGGAUCCGGAACCUUUACACCCCCUAUUUUUGGUCAAUCGAAUAAUACCAAUUCAAUGAUUAAUUCUCAAUCGGGUUCAGGGUUUGAAGAUGGUAAUUAUCAGCCAAAGUCGUUCAAUCAUAGUCAACAUGCAUCAAUCUCUUCGCUUAGUGGAGCCGGCGUGAGGAGGACCAUGUCGAACGCAUCGCUUGCAUCCAAUUCAACGUUGGGUACGUCUAGCAUAAAGUCCGCACCUCCGAAUUCCUCAAAGUUAGAAGAAAUUACAUUUGAUAAGCCAAUUUAUUUAUCAAGCUCGAAGAGCACCGAAUUGGAAAAUUUAUUUGAUGAAAACCUAUCCAGCACUCCGCAAGAGAUCAACCAAUUAGCGAGCGGUUCGGGGACGAUGGCUCAAAACGUCAAUCCAUUUGAAAACACAUUUUCAUCAUCUACUCAAAUUAGCAAAGAAUCUGCAAAACCCCUUCAGGCUCAAAACGUUGAGGAAAAGGAGACAGAAAAGAUCAAUGCCGAUCCAUUUUCGUCAUUCGGAAGUUCUGUGAGAUCAACCUCUGGAAAAGCUGGAUUCGAUUUGGCGUUUUCAUCAAUUAGUUUACCGAAUAACGAUAAUACGACCACCACGGACUCGUUUACCACGGAUUUCCCCAGUUUAGAGGAAAUCGAAGCGUCCGUGGAGGGGGGAGUAAAAUUGGGAUUUGAUAAUGACUUCACUAGCUUUUCCGACAGUGUUGAAAAAAAGGAUGAGGACGGCACCUCGAAGGAGAAGAUUGUGGAUGGUAAAGUUGGAUAUUCGACAGCUGUGGAAACUUCGGCGAAUGAGCCUGAAAUAUUUACCGUGGACACGUCACCGACCCCAAAAGGAGGCAACGAAGCCGAAAAGAAGGGCAUCGACGAAUCUUUUGCCGUCACAAUUACAGAACAAAGCUUACCCCCAGCGCAAGAUGCUGAUGCAUGGGUUUCAAUCGAGAAUACUACAGAUUCUAAGAUUAUCAAAGAUAUCAAAGAUGACUUUGAGGCAGCGUUUGGAGAUUUGAACGAAGUUAAGGUCACCAAGACAUCUCCCAUAGAUUUUGAUGCAGGAUUCGACGACGCCGAUUUCGAGGAAGAUUUCAAGUUUAACCCUACAUUUGAAACCCCCGUAACACAAACGAAACCAAUUGUACCUGCUGCUUCCAGUGGGACGAAUAACGCAUCUAGUUUUACGAAUACAAGUUCGAUAGAUUUUGACAAGGCAUUCAGUGAUUUUGAUCCCUUCUCAUCCUCAACCUCACCUUUACCAAAUACAGCAAAACCAAAUUUGGACGCCGCUUUUGGAGGAGCACCAGGAGAAGCAUCAAAGUCAACAGACAAUAAUUUCUUUGACAAUACAUUUUCAGAUCUCUUUGGUGCACCCUCAUCCAAAGCUGAUCCGCCUUUGGUGGAAACCCAACCCUCGACCAUCACGUCAAUUCCGCCUAUACCUCAGUUACCACUGGCAACAUCAACAACUCCGGGUGAUAUUGAUAAUAUGAAUCCAGUUAAAAGAUUACAAUUAAUGGGGUUUUCACGGGAGCAAUCUGAGGAUGCACUUGAACGCUAUGAUUAUGAUUUGGAAAAGGCAUCCAACUUCUUGGUUGAAAACCUUAUCAAAUGA